GUUUGUUUGCCGAGAGAAGAAACUGUGUCAUUCUGCGCUUGUAAUUGCCCGUUUUCUAAAAUGGAAGAGUUUUACUGCUUCGGACACGAUUCUUUUGCUUCCAGUCUGCUUGGCACGGUCACCGUCAACUUGUACUCGCUCAAUCGGGAGCCACGCCUUCAACUUCGUGAGAACUUGGUGGAUGAGAAUAACAGAGCCACCAGUAUGAUUAUCGCAUUCGAAAUCGCUCAUCAAUCGCCGGAUGGGCGAAUCAGUGGUAUCGAUCAGCAAGAACUUUCUUUUCCCGUAACCCCUUUGGAUUAUGGCCUACAGGCCUAUCCGGGCGACGAGAGAAGUGAUCCACAAAUCGAAGCGGGAGAGAGUGCGCUCGACUUCGAAGAUGAAUACACAGCCUUGGAGCGAAUGCAAGGAGAUGGGGAUGUUGAAGACCUUUCAGAUGCAUUUUCCGGUCCAGAAGCUAGGUAAGAGAGUGCGCUCGACUUCGAAGAUGAAUACACAGCCUUGGAGCGAAUGCAAGGAGAUGGGGAUGUUGAAGACCUUUCAGAUGCAUUUUCCGGUCCAGAAGCUAGGUACAGUUACUGUCCUGGAAAUUCCGUAACCCAUUCCGCCGCAGAGCUGGUUGUCAAUGUGAUUGAGGCUCGUCGACUGUUCGGUACCAAUAUUAACCCUGUUGUCACUGUGACCGUCGGGAAAGAAGUCCAAAAGACCCCUGCGAAAUUUGCCACCAAUCAUCCGUUCUACGACAGUUUCUUCUCGUUCGAUUUGCAACGUGCGAGACAGCAACUACUGACAGAGACCAUAAAAAUUCAGGUGUUCAAUAUCCGCCAGCAUCCAAUGCUCCGGCUACUCCCAGGCAAAGUGAUUGGAGAAUUCGUCACGGAUGUAAGAACGGUUUACGACUACAAACAGCAUACAAUAUUCAACAAAUGGGCUGUUAUAGUGGAUCCGAAAGACCCUUGGGCUGGUCCAAAAGGCUACGUGAAAGUCGAUAUGAGUGUGGUCGAACAAGGUCAACAGAUGGUCAGAAACAAGAGAGAAAUCGAUCAAGACGAAAACAUUGAAGCAAAUCUCAUCCUUCCUCGGUAUCUACGCGGUCAAAAGCAAGACACCAUGGUUUCUUUGGCUAUUCAAGUUUACCAAGCUGAAGAUUUACCGCCGAUGCAUACUGAUAUCAGCAACAAGAUGCGUCAAGCAUUUGUCGGCGAGGGUGCAGCAAAUGUGGAUCCACUAGUUGAAGUGUGUUACGCUGGAUUCAAGUGUCAAACGAAAACCAAACGGUAUGACGCGUCGCCGAUAUGGAAUCAAGAGCUGAUAUUCAACAACUAUUUUCCUCCGCUCACUCACACCAUCCGCGUCAAUGUGAAAAAUGCUGGCAUUAAGAGUGAGAUUAUCGCCACACACCUGAUAGAUUUGACGACGAUUAUGGAUCUACGAACCGGAGGCUACUUGCCAAGUUUCGGACCCGCAUGGAUAAAUCUUUAUGGGACCCCACGAAUUUAUACCUAUGCGCAAAUGUUGAGACCGGAGGACGAAUUGAAUUUGGGACUUGGCGAAGGAGUCGCUUAUCGUGGUCGUCUAUUAAUGUCAAUCACAGCGAAGAAGGAUGACACUAUCGAACGCGUUGGUACAGCGAUUGAGGUGGCCACGCCUGUUUCCGAGACAGUCGCUGGAAAGAAGAACAUAUAUUUUCUGUUUGCCUCCAUCUUUGAUGCCACUGUCAUCGAUCAGAAGCUGGGAUCGAAAAACAAACCGAUUUCUUUUGAGAUAAGCAUGGGUCUUUUUGGGAACCAGCUUGAUGGAAAACGUGGAGGAGUGGACGAACUCCCAAUUGAGUUUGCCAAAUCAGCCGAAGGUCGUGAACGUGUGGAUUGGCGUAAAAGUACAACAGAACCAAUGCUGGCCCGCACAGAUGACAAGGAGUACUAUUUUCUGGAUUUUGGACCACGGAAGCCUUGCAUUUAUAUGAUCAGUUAUUUUGAGGACCAUCGGUGUCGUAUGUGCAUACCAAACAUACUGGAAAGACUUUAUGAAUACUUAAAUUACGGUCUCGAUCGUUUCCGCUUCUUCACUUUACGUCGUCAACCGCACAAAGCUCGUCAGUGGUUCCGCACGCUAAUGCGUCGGUUGAGCAAGCGCAUAACCACUGUCAUACAGGAUGUGGAGGGUUGUCGAGGAACCGCAAUGCGCACCAAACUGGAUAUCUAUCAUGCGCGACGCAUCCGGCGAGAUUUGAAACGUAUCGCCGUUCAGGCAUGGAAUUUGUCGAGUGUUCAAAAGCAUGAAAUAGGAGAAAAAGUGCGCGAAGUAAACGCCAUGUUGAAAAGGAUACACAAGCUGAUGCAACACCCACUCGAUGCUCUUCCCGAUAUUUUCAUAUCCAUGAUCCAAGAUGGGCGCCGUGUUGGUUUCGCACGUGUCCCAGCGCGAGACAUCUAUUAUUCUGUGGUGGAAAGUGAAAAAGGGAAGUGGAAUGGUCAGCUGGCAACUAUCUUCAUCCGAAAACAAGGCCGCGAAGGUGUCGGAGAGAAAGGAUGGAAGAUACAAUGUCAACUGAGCGUGUACCUGUGGCUCGGACUGUUGAAAGAUUUCACCGCUUAUAAGCUCGGUAUUCCAGGUGGAGUGGAUCCCAUGUGCUUCAGCAGAACGAAACCACCUGAUGAGCUGGUCUAUUUACAACGGAGUCGAUUUGAAUUACGAUGCUACAUCUUCAUCGCUCGAAAUCUAAUCGCUUCUGAUGAAAGCGGUCUGUCGGAUCCGUUGGCACGGGUGUUGAUCAAAGAAUACGUGCUGCAGACUCAGCCGCUUUAUCAAACCAUGAGUCCAAUGUGGGAUGUGCUACUCUACAAACAACUUCUGUUCUAUCAUGACCCGAAAUCCUUAAAGGAGAAUCUCCAACAGUUAGUUGUCGAAGUGUUUGAUGUGGACCCUGGGAAUGAACUGGAGUUUCUUGGAAGAUGCUUCUGCGGAAUAAAUGUCUGGAUAGAAGGUGAUAAAUACAAACCUCCCGGUCUGCAGUGGUGGCCGCUGUAUCGGGGGCAGACUGCUGCCGGUGAAUUACUUGCAGCCUUCGACCUCAUUCAGUUAGAUACCAGAGUUCCGUUCGAGGGGAUCCCCACAUUUGCCGAGAUUGCAGCCUAUACGAAAGAUUUCGAUCAACGUGUCAUCUUGAAAAGCAUUCCUGGAAUGGUCCUGGAUGAUGAGGAUGACUUGAACCGGGAAUCUUCAGACGAGGACUACGAAUCCGAUUUUGAUGAAGAGGACGAAUUGUUGGAUGCGGAUUCCGUUUUUUUGGCUCAACACAAGCCCCCCAAACAAAAAGACCGUCGGAGAACCGUCAAACUUGGACUGGCUCCGCCGCAACUCGCGAUUCGACGAAGAGAGGAGGAUUAUCGAAUUCCGGACAGUAUUCGUCCACCUUUGCAACGAUUCCGAUUUGAAGUUCUGUUCUGGAGCAUGUUUGGAAUGGCCCGACAACAGCUGCUCCCAGUCAGACGACCAAACCAAACAAUCGAAAUCGGUGGGACAAAAAUUGAAUCGGAAAUUAUGCACGAUUUACACAAACGCCGUCUUUUUGAGAAUCACUUCAAAGUAGCAGACGUGAUGCGUCCAACGUGCGCCGGUGGAGUAGUGGUUACACGCUCGCCUCGCAUGCCAGAUAUCCGGGGUUCAAAUCCCGGCACGGCCAUUGGAUAUGCACUGCUGAUGAGCUCUGGCUUCACUUCAUCUACCUUUCCCAACUUCCUGUCACAGUAUCUUCCGGUUGAUGAACGUUACUGGCCUCCUGUUGUAAUGAACUGUCAUGACAAUCGUACCUUUGGAACAAAGGUCAUCGUUGGAACAUAUACAUUCUCAAAUGUUCGGGAUUACCUGGAUGUUUCCAGCCUUGGUUUGCCGGAAGAUGACGAGGAUUCCACCUAUGACGAGGGGCCAAAUUUGGCUCCGCGACUGAACAUCAGACUUGAUUCCCUGUUUGACCAAGAAGAUGCUAUGAGUGGGCGUGAUCAAUCCAAGAAACGUUCGGAUGCCUCAGCGAGCCGCCGGAGCGAGGUGACAAUGGAGGAUUCGGAGGGAUCUGAACCUACGGAAAUUAACCUGGAUGAUAUCAAUCCGAAUUUCGUCGCACCAAAACUAGAGGGCAGCAUAGAAACAAGGUCGAUAGCAGACUCGGGAGAGCAGCGUGGGCCUCCUGAUUAUAUGGAUAUCACCGCUGGAGGUCCCGAAGCAGUGGUACAUAUGGGGCCAACUCCAGAACAGCUGGCCAGCGCAGAUUUUUGGACGAGGUACUUUGCCACAAUUAAUGCAGCUGAUACGUACAAGGAAGAGGAACGACAUGACGAGUUGACAGAUUCAGACGCUAGCAGUUUGAGUGACAAGUUGGACCAGAUCAAAGUGGCCGAGGAACCAGCCGAGCUUUUCAGGACCAGCUUGCAUUUGCGCCAAGUUGGAGGUUUUGUCUACAGGUCACGUGAUACCCACUCGUUCCACGUGAUUUGUGUAGCGGCAUCGCGAGCAUCCAUUCAAUGGGAACGACAUGACGAGUUGACAGAUUCAGAUGCUAGCAGUUUGAGUGACAAGUUGGACCAGAUCAAAGUGGCCGAGGAACCAGCCGAAGAAGUUCCAAUGGAAAUAUUGGAUCCAAGCGCCACAGCACAACAAAAACGCAAAUGGUGGAAAAAGAAGAAAAAACAAAAAAGAAUUUUGACCGGUCGUGAAAAGCGCCAAUUGGAGAUAGAAAAAAGACGCAGAAAGCGUGUGCAGAAAAAGAAACUUCGUCAAAAAAUUGCAGAGAAAUUUACAGGAGAUUCCAAAAGGAUGUACUUUAAGGAGCACUACGAUGACCUCAUCCUUAACGAGGGUACACAAGGUGAAGACUUGAGUUGGGUUGAGAAAAUCAUGAUAUAUCCAACUGGACUUGAGGAAAUCGAAGAUUUCAAAGGAUUUGUGGAACCAUUCCGCAACUUCCCACUCUACAAAGGCAAACAAACGGAAGAGGAGGCUUCACCCGAGAGUCGACUGGCCGGUUUCCUCAAAGGCAACCUGUUGAUCUAUGCGGUCAACGAUGAUGCGGAAAUGCCAACGCAGCAAACGGAGCUCAAAUUGUUCAAAACGUUACCACUGAAAGCCCGUGUCAAACUCACGGUUCGCGUUUACGUUGUUCGAGCAAUAGGACUUCAUCCGGCCGAUCGAAAUGGAUUAGCGGAUCCCUACCUUAUCUUGUCUUUGGGGAAAGUGGUCAUCGACGAGAAAGAUGACUACAAGCCAAAAACACUCAAUCCAUACUUUGGAAAGUACUAUGAAUUCACAGCCAUGUUGCCGGUGGACUCUAUGCUUACCAUUCAGGUUAUGGACUACGACCGGGUGGGAUCAAACGAUUUGAUCGGAGAAACCAGGAUAGAUAUUGAAAAUCGAUAUCACAGUCCGCACCGAGCGACUUGUGGCUUGAUGAACGUUUACAACACGCAUGGCUACGUGAAAUGGAAGGACAGUCUACUACCCACGGAGAUUCUGGAACGACAAUGUCAGAAAAGAGGCAUCGAACAACCCGUCUACAACCUGCUGGAGAACAAGGUCACAGUUGGUGGUCAAGAUCUACAUGCAAUAACCGAGAUCACAAACGAAUCCGGUGGAACGGUGAAAUCGGUUGAACCGCUUGCCCUGGAAGUUUUAAAGCGAUUCAGUACACUGCCUUUGGGGAUCGAGUUGGUUCCGGAACAUGUUGAGACAAGAGCUCUGGUACAUCCGGACAGGCCAGGAAUGUCCCAAGGUCGGUUGCAGUUGUGGGUGGAUAUAUUCGAUCGAUCACUUGGAGUACCCCCGCCAGCAAUCGACAUCUCUCCAAGACAACCAAUCCAAUACGAACUGCGCGUGAUUAUUUGGAACACAGCUGAUGUGAUCUUAAACGAUACGUCACUAUUCUCCUCCGAGAUGAGCAGUGAUAUUUAUGUGCGCGGUUGGGUCAAAGGAGUGGGUGUGGACGACCAGAAAACCGAUAUCCAUUAUCGGUCAUUGUCGGGUGAGGGCAAUUUCAACUGGAGAUUUAUUUUCCCGUUUGAUUACAUCAAAGCAGAGGAUCGAAUAGAGUUCAAGGACAAGGGACCAUUCGACGUUGAGCCUAUCACAAUCAAGUCAAACUGUGAGCUUACUUUGCAAAUAUGGGAUGCGGACGUAUUUUCCAGCGAUAACUUUCUGGGAGGAAUUACGAUGCAGCUAUCAUCUAUUCCAAGGUGCGCAAAGACACCGAAAAGUUGUGGGCUACAUCAACUUGCCCCGGACUGUCCAAGGUUCUCACUAUUCAAAAACCCGCAAGUUCGGGGUUGGUGGCCGUGCGCGGAUGAAGUGUUUGAAAAAUUAGAAGUGCAGGGCAAAGUCGAAUGUGAAAUGAACCUGCUAACCGCCGUGGACGCUGAGAACUCGCCAGCAGGCCGAGCUCGAGAAGAGCCGAACGCAUUACCAAAACCAAAUCGUCCAGACAGCUCCUUCCAGCGAAUACUCGGGCCGCUAAAUACACUUCGAUACUUCUGCAAGUAUAAGCUGAAGUGGAUCCUGAUCAAAAUAUUGAUCAUCUUCCUCUUUUUGCUUAUCAUCGCUCUGUUCAUCUACACCUUUCCAGGAGCUAUUGUCUACAGGAUUGUAGGUUCGUCACGGCCAGCUGGCUGAGACCACGAAGACGAGUGGCUUCUUUAGCGCUCAAACACGUCUGUCAAUUCAUUUGAUCAACGGGUGCUGGAAUACAUUUGUUUAUUUCGUGCUUGCUUCUUCUCUGUGGAUCCGAGAUUCGGAGAUUAAUUGAACGUGUACUUUGCAAUGUGGCGUAGAACGAGCGAUUUGCACUCUACACUUGUCUACC